ACGCUUUGGUAUAUAACCAGAAAGGAGGCUCAAGUUUAUUUACAACACAAAAAAUGGCGAAACAGAUCAUUAUUAUAGUUCUUAUGCUGUCGGUCUGCGCAUGGCAGGCGCACGCCGUCGUCAACUGCACGGCCACCGGCGCCGGUCGUCAAGCCGACCCCGACGACGCGACCUGCAAGAACUACACGCUCUGUGUCUACGUCAGCAGCACCAACAGCUACGUGUCCUACAACUACGUGUGCCCCACUACUUCACUCUUCAGCCCCACCCUCGCCCAGUGCACCUCCACAUACACCUGUACUGCCAACACCACCAACACAACCACAUCAGUCUGCACCGCCGACGGUUUUAUCGCAGACCCCAACUCCUCAAACUGCUCCUCUUACAUAGAAUGUGUGAACAUCAACGGAACUUAUACCGAAACCACUUACACCUGCCCUGAUACUACUUUCUACAAUCCUAAUACAACUCUCUGUGAUGCUAGUUAUAAUUGUACGACUACUAGUACCUUCACGUGCACGGCUGCUGGUAGAUUUGCCAAUACUGAUGAUACAACGUGUCAGAGUUACUAUUACUGCGUACUCCUGGCUAGUGGGGCCUACACGCAGUACAAUUAUACCUGCCCCAGUACUUCGUUGUUCAACCCCAAUAGUGCGCAAUGUACGGCAACUUAUACUUGUACUAAUUGACAGGACUACAUCUUAUUUCCCAUAAAUGUGCAAUUUUUGUGGUAAACCUUAAUAUUGUUAAUUAUAUUAUUUUAUUUUCUGACUAAUAUAUUUCAUGUGGUACUA